AUGACACCCAUGAAGAAGGCUCUUGUUCUUGCAAUCUAUACCUUCUCCUUCCUGACAGGCUUGCCUUCCAAUCUACUGGCUGGCUACGCAUUCCUGAAGAAAGUGAGGCAGAAGCCAGUGCCCAUCGACAUCUUCUUGUGCAACUUGACCAUCUCUGACCUUUUCCUGCUGUGCUUCCUGCCCUUUAAAAUGGUGGAGGUUGCCAGUGACAUGACUUGGCCUCUUCCUGGCUUCCUUUGCCCACUCACCAACUUCUUCUUCUACAGCAGCAUCUACCUCAGCACCCUUUUCCUCAUGGCAGUCAGUGUGGAACGCUAUCUCUGUGUUGCCUAUCCGGUCAAGCACAAGCUGAACCGCAAGCCAACCUCUGCAAGAGCAGCCAGCAUCUUCUUCUGGUUCCUGGCCUGCUCCCACUGUGCCAGCAUUGUCUAUGCUGUCGAAUACCACAACAGGACCCCGUCAGACCUUAACAUCACCACGUGUUACUACAGCUUCUCCCCAGAGCAGCUCCGCAUCCUUCUCCCUUUCCGGCUGGAGCUCUGCCUCCUCCUCUUCUGCCUGCCUCUCGCCAUCACCCUUUUCUGCUACGUCAACGUGAUCUGCAUCUUGAGCACCAUGCCCAACAUCCCUCCCCACAAAAAGAAACGGGCGGUGUGCCUGGCGGUGGCCACGUUGCUCAAUUUCGCCAUUGCUUUUGCACCAUACAACAUCUCCCACAUUGUGGGCUUCAUUAAUAAGGAGAGUCCUUCCUGGAGAGUGGAGACUUUCUUCCUCACCUCCCUGAACACCACCUUGGACCCUAUCAUCUUCUUCUUCUCCUCCCACACCAUCCGACGAACCUUCGGCAACUGCUGGUCUGGCAUGUGUAGCAAGAUCCAGACUGUUGUGUCGCCCUGCUGUUUGUGUUGCUGCAAGACUCCUGAAGACAACAAAGCAGGAGCUGGACAUGUAACUGCUUCAGAUCUCCCCAGUGGACUGGCAGGGGCUCCCACCCCUACUCCUUUUACGACUCAGCAAAGAUCUGGGUCAUCAGAUGACUGA